UCGCAGCUUCGCAAAACUUGUUGAUCAUAUUUAAGUCGUGCCCGCGUCUGAACCACUUCACACGCCAUCCGCGCUCUUACCAGGUGAAAACACUCGCUUGUGUGGUGUGUGCGCUUCCUCAAAAAGUGAAAGAUCAGUGCGUCUCUCCUCCUUGGGAUUUACAACAUAUCUGCCGCCACACGACAAUGGCAUCCAUUGGUGCUGUGUUUCUGUGUAUGGUGCUCUUCAUCUUUAUUGCUACUGUGUCUAGUGCCCCAGUUCCUGCCGAUCACGCCAAAAUUCGCAUUCAUGUUCCCGUGAAGCAUCACACACACUUCAUCACGAAGACACUUGUGAAGAAAAUUCUGGUCCCGGUGAAGGAACCAAAGAAGAAGCAUCACAGUCACAGGCACUACCAGGAAGAUGAUGAAGAUGACUGGCUCGAUCGUGAAGAUCGAGGAUCACGAGGAGGCUACCACUACCCAAGUCCAAAGAAGAAGAAGUUCCAUCCUUUCAUCUAAAAAAAAAGGAACACAACUCCCACCCCUCGUUACACCAAACUAGAGUGCUCGUCCUCCUAAUAGACAUGUAGCAUCACCAACCAUUGUACCUGGUUAGCUGAUCUUGCGCUCUCAUCUUCAUUUCUGCGAUCUUCGCGUGAUCAUUUUCACUCCACCAUAGACAUUAUCUACAUGUGAGAGUUUUUAUUAUAUAUUAUGUACGGUUUUAUUGACAAAAUAAAAUAUAUCUUUCGUAUUUAUAA